CGCGAACGGCUUUCUAGAAUCCUCCAAGGCGGCCAGCCAGAUCAAAUUCUUGCUGCCAUGUCAGACCUGGACAACGAACCCAUUAUCGCGACAAUGCCGGACAGCGUCUUCGUUUCGGCCCUGCUUCUCAUUACCCCGGAGCACUUUCUCGAACCGUACAAGCGCAUCCUCGGGCGAAUACACGACCAUGUUUUGUUCUCAAAGGGCUACCAGUCGUUUAAAGAAGUAUUGAGACAAUACUUCGCCAGUCUCUUCGCGAUUCUAUACAUGCGAUCUAGAGGAGACCGCCAUGUUGGGCUUGUGGAGUAUACGCAUCUCCUUCGCUGUGCUGCAUCGGCCGCCGAUCUCUCUAUCGCGCUAACCAUCUGGAAGAGCUUGGAAAAUAAGAACCUAUCACCGAGUCUUGAAUGCUACAAUUCUAUAAUGACUACAGGGCUGUGGGACCAAGUACAUACCGGAAAAGAGCGCUAUCGCUUACGUGUAACUCCCUUCUACUCCAAUAGAAGAUCAACCACGGAUGGUAGAGCAAGAGGCUAUAGAGGCUUUGGAACUGGUUCCCAAAGUGUGCGCAUGCAAACUCUUGCUAUUCUCUACCAAAUGCGCAAGGCCAAUAUAGACAUAGACGAGGCAACACAUAUCAAUGCAUUGAUAGCCCAUGCCAAAGACGGUUUCGUUCCGGGUGUUAGGCAAGUCCUUGAGGAAACCUGGGGCAUCUUCCCAUUCCAUCUCGAUGCCGGCUACGAAAAUCAUCCUCCAGUUAAACCUAUUCCUAGAUCAUCGCCAUUGUAUCCUACAAUUAACUUGAUUUGGGCCGUUGCGCACGCAUUCGGCAUCAAUCACGAUCUCCCGACAGCACUGCGAACUGUUGAAUUCAUUUCGAGAACAUACGACAUCAAGAUCACCGACGAGGUCUGGUUAGAACUAUUUGAGCGAGCCUAUGUACUGGCCGCCAAACAGUUUAACAAGCCUGAUGAAGCCUUGCUUGGUCAAAUCUCACAGGACCUUGUGUAUGGGAUGGGUAGAAAUUUGCAAGAAGUUCCCUCGCACUCGAAAAUGCACCUGUAUCGAAACCUAUCUCGGAUCAGCUACAACAACCACAAUCUGGAAGAAUUCACGUCUGUGCUAGAAGAUGCGCAUAAACAUUUAGUCCAGACGAAGAAACGACGAAAACACGCGCUACAGGUUUUGGAGAAUUGCAUGGAAGUGUCAUUAACAGUUGAUCCACACCGCGCUUCUGCCCUGCGGGAGUACGAAAUACUGCGCCUCGAAGUGCUACAGCAAAGAACACUGAUUGAGAGAAUCGUGCGGCUUGGAUACUCGGGACAUUUCCUGAAAGAAAUCCCCCCUGCAAUGUGGGCCCGUAAAGUGCUUCCAGAAUUUCUCGCCCAGUGGAGAGACUUCAUCCCCGAAUGUUUCUUUGCCAUUCUUCACGGUGGUCUCGGUAGCAUCGAGUUUCACGGAAGAACAAUCUACCAGCACCGAAAUAUCCGUCCACAUAAUUAUGAGCCUGUUCGCUGGUCAAAAUGCGGCGAAUUCAUUGCCGACGACGAGGAAUUCGAGCCUAUUGACGACUACUUAUGGAGUUCUAUUAGG